AUGUCUCCCACGAUUAUUCAUCUGAGGGCUGAGACCAAGCCGCUGGAGCGUCGUUCUCCAUUAUCACCCGAGGGAGCCAAGGCCCUUCUCGAUGCUGGCUAUGUUGUGCGAGUGGAAGAAUGCCCAAACCGUAUCUACAAGACGGACGAGUUCAAGGCCGCCGGCGCUGAGAUCGUCCCAACUGGCUCAUGGGUCAAUGCCCCAACAGAUCACAUUAUCCUGGGCUUGAAGGAGCUGGAAGCAGAUGGCAGUCCAUUGCCACACACUUAUAUCCACUUCGCACAUGUUUUCAAAAAACAGUUUGGAUAUGCUACAGAGCUGUCACGUUUCUCAAAGGCAGGCGGUUUGCUCUAUGAUCUAGAGUUUCUUGAGGAGGGCGGCAGGAGGGUGGCAGCGUUUGGGAGGACGGCUGGAUUCGCUGGUACAGCUUUGGCCCUCUUGUCUUGGUCACACCAGAUCCUUCAUCCAGGAACGCCUAUGGGCCCUGCGCCAGUAUUGGAUUCUGCCGCCGAUCUGGUCGCUCUUAUUCGAUCGAAGGUCCAAGAGGCCCUCCCAGCAAACAAUGGAGAGUAUCCUCGCGUCAUUAUCAUUGGCGCGCUGGGCCGAUGCGGCACAGGAGCGCUCGAUUGUCUGAAGGCUGUAGGCAUCCCUGAAGCUUCGAUCUUGAAGUGGGAUCUGCCGGAAACGAGCCGUGGAGGGCCGUUCCCCGAGAUUGCGACGUCGGAUAUCUUCGUCAAUGCCGUCUACCUCGGCGCUGCCCCUGCUCCCCCAUUUGUCACCAUUGAAUCGCUAUCAGGGCCCGAGAGACGUCUUCGCGUCAUCUCGGACGUGUCAUGCGACCCAAACAGCGACAACAAUCCCGUACGCGUGUAUUCUCGUCACACCUCGUUUGAAAACCCCACCACCCCUGCUGAGGGCAAGCUGGACGGGCCCGAGCUACGCAUCAUUGCUAUUGACCAUCUUCCCACAUUGAUUGCUCGCGAAGCUAGUGAUGAGUACUCCUCAUUGCUUCUGCCGAGCUUGCUGACUCUGAACCGCCGGGACACUGAAGGUGUCUGGGUGAGGGCAGAGAAGACCUACAGAGAUAGAGUUGCCGAAUUGCCUUAG